AUGAAUCGAGGAAUAGGGGGGAUGUUCGAUCCCAGCAUAUUGGUGGCGCCGGUUCCAAAACAAGACGAAAGGAGUCACCCAGAGUCGAAUGGGUCCAACUCCGAGGAGUCCAACUCCGAGGAGUCCAACUCCGAGGAAUCCAACUCCGAUGAGGCCAAGUCGGAUGAGCCCCAAAGAAUGUUUCAAGUACAGGUCAGAGUCGUACCAGGAACAAGCAAUAUUCUCAGGGACGGCUCGCUCGAAGAACCUGACAAUGUAUAUCUCCUGCUGGAUCCAAUCCGCGGCAGCGGCCGGAAUAUCUACCGGUUAGUGAACAUAAAUUAUUGGGGUGAGGUUGUCAUCAACAAGCGACUGCUGCGGCAUUCCUACUCAGUAACGGAAGACGGCACCAAGGACCCGAACAUCAUAUCCCACAACUUUAGGUCUCCAGUGCCGUCGGAUCUGCGCUUCGCACGCUAUGAGCAUGAGAGCGAAUUCAUCGAGGUGCGGCUGCCUGAAGAGCCCUACUUCCCCACAAUACUUGAAAUUUACUUCCCCAACGGAGAGCAGCAGGACAUUGGCGAAAACGGCGACAUCCAGGUCCUGUCGCUGUACUAUUGUUUCAGCCACGGCGGCACGCUGGCGGAGCUGAUCGAAGCCUUCCGGCACGAGAAGCGCCACUUCCCCGAGUACUUUGUGAAAUCAGAGCGAAGGACUAACUGGGUGCCCAUCAUACACCGCGACAUUCACGACGGGCGCGUCUUGCUCCGAUUUAGAAAAGAUGACGAGGAUUGCAAGGACGUCCAUAAAUGGUGCCUCCCAGAGGUUGUUUUGACGGGGUUUAGCAGGGCCAACCUGGAGACGGACCCGGAGGAGUGGUGGAACGAGUCACCGAGAACCUCCCCCCGGAACGAGAAUGCAGCACCGGGCAUCUGGCAGGACAUGCACAUGCUGGGCUGCGUGCUCCGAAAGCUGGUGACGUACACAACACAGCACCCACGCGGCCCCGCCGAGGACUACGACGUUAAUCUUGACGCAGGGGGGACGGUGUCGCCGUACAGCGCCGAACUGCACCGCGUGCUCAAGACGUGGGAAAUAAAAGAGCUGCAGGUUGGGCCGCCCAAGCAGUUCACGAGCCCAGAAAUGCGGGACCGCGUGCCUGGGAUCGACUUCCUCAUCGAUACGGUCGUGCCCAUAGUAACCCAGCGCGUAAUUGAAUUCGAAUGGAAGGGGGCCGAGCUGAUGGUCAAGAAGUAUGGAGGCCAUGUAUUGUGGGCGCAGCCGAACCAGAAGCACCGGUUCCGGCUCUGGGAGCCUCCGUGCAGGGCAGAUUCUCCAAACGCCGAGGCCGAGGCCAGGCGGGCCUUGGACGGACAUGUCGGAGGACCCUACUGCAUAGAACCGUACAUCGAGGGAGAGACCAUCCCUCUCUUGCCAGGGUCUAUUCUCGAGCCUCGAGGCCAGGAGUCGGGUGGUCCAUCGGGCGCCGACUCUAGCGGCAGAAACAGAGGCCAACAGCUUCCAGGUCGGGACCGCAGGGAAGAUAGAAGCCAGUCCAUACCAAGCUAUGCGUCCCUCGACUGGCCAGACUACGUGUCCCGGCUACGCGAUCUGGACCCACGCCAGGCAGCUGCUAACCCCGAACGAGGUGGGAGUCUAUCCCAGUCGGGUGAUAUACCCCCGCAUUGUUCCGAAUCCAAGCCCAGGAGCGGUUCCAAUGACUUUCCGAAGCCUCAUAAGCCAGGGGGACAAGGCGGCCACCAGGGAAAUGGUGAUUCUGGAGGUGAUGCAGGCCCCCCGUCACAAAACUCCCAACCCGCAGACCCCGAGUCAUCGUCGGACGAACAAGAUGAUUCUGACAACGAGUCACAAGGCCAAGCCAACCCUUCCAAGCGCAGGAGGGAAACUGGCACUACUAAAGGACUAGACGCUCUCCGACCCCAGCCCCCCAGCCGAGACACGGUUCCAAUAGGCCAAGUCCGGAAGUUCCAAGCACAAGUGGCCGCAAAAGUCGCCACUCACACCCUGACGACGAGUCUCCAACCCAGCGAGCCGCGAGGAACAGAGCCACCCAACAGCAGGCGAGAAACCAGCCCCCUCCGCCUCACCUCUGCGUUCAAGAAAGGGUGCGGGGAGGUGGUUCCGGGGCACCGGCACGAACAAUUCCAGCGGAUAAUGAUUGGCAGCCAAUAG